GCCUCCUUAACAGCCCGAACAGGGGAGAAAGCUCUUCAUUGGAAGGUUGAGCUUUGAAACAAUGGAUGAAAGCCUGAGGAGCCAUUUUGAGCAAUGGGGAAUGCUCAUGGACUGUGUGGCAACGAGAGAUCCAAACACCAAGCACUCCAGGGGCUUUGGGUUUGUCACAUACACCACUGUGGAGGAGGUGGAUACAGCCAUGAAUGCAAGGCCACACAAGGUGGAUGGAAGAUUUGUGGAACCAAAGAGAGCUGUCUCAAGAGAAGAAUCUCAAAGACCAGGUGCCCAUAUAACUGUGAUAAAGAUACUUACUGGCGACAUUAAAGAAGACAUUGAAGAACAUCAUCUAAGAGAUUAUUUUGAACAGUAUGGAAAAACUGAAGUGAUUGAAAUCAUGACUGACCGAGGCAGUGGCAAGAAAAGGGGCUUUGCCUUUGUAACCUUUGAUGACCAUGACUCUGGGUAUAAGAUUGUCAUUCAGAAAUACCAUACUGUGAAUGGCCACAACUGUGAAGUUAGGAAAGCCCUGUCAAAGCAGGAAAUGGCUAGUGCUUCAUCCAGCCAAAGAGGUCGAAGUGGUUCUGGAAACUUUGAUGGUGGCUGUGGAGGUGAUUUAGGUGGAAAUGACAACUUGUCAUGGAGGAAACUUCAGUGGUCAUGGUGGCUUUGGUGGCAGUCAUAGUGGUGGUGGAUAUGGUGGCAGUGGGGAUGGCUAUAAUAGAUUUGGUUGUGAAGGAAGCAAUUUUGAAGGUGGUGGAAGCUACAAUGAUUUUGGCAAUUACAACUGUCAGUCUUCAAAUUUGGACCCAUGAAGGGAGGAAAUUUUGGAGGCUGAAGCUGCAGCCCCUAUGGUGG